AUCCACUACAAAUAAUAAUCCCGUCUCCCUUCACCACCGGCCGUCGGCGUCACAAAUCCAAUCGGAAACGAAGAGCUUCUUCUCGCCCCGCCAUCUCUUUCUUCCUCCCUCUCACUGUUAAAAAUGGCCAAAAACAAUAACUCGGGGAACUCUAAUGUUGCGCUGAAUGAAAGGAUCCUUUCCUCUAUGUCUCACAAAUCUGUUGCUGCUCAUCCCUGGCAUGACUUGGAAAUUGGUCCUGGGGCACCAGCGGUGUUUAAUUGUGUGGUUGAAAUUGGAAAGGGUGGAAAGGUUAAGUAUGAGCUUGAUAAAAACAGUGGCCUGAUCAAAGUUGAUCGAGUUCUCUACUCAUCCGUGGUUUAUCCACAUAACUAUGGGUUUAUUCCAAGGACUAUCUGCGAUGAUGGUGAUCCAAUGGAUGUCCUCAUACUUAUGCAGGAGCCUGUGCUGCCUAGUACCUUCCUUCGUGCCCGUGCAAUUGGAUUAAUGCCUAUGAUCGAUCAGGGUGAAAGGGAUGACAAGAUAAUAGCAGUGUGUGCAGAUGAUCCUGAGUUUCGUCAUUACAAUGACAUCAAAGAACUACCUCCACAUCGUCUUGCAGAGAUCCGCCGUUUUUUUGAGGACUACAAGAAGAAUGAGAACAAAUCAGUUGCAGUGGAAGACUUUUUGCCUGCAGAAGCUGCUGUUGAUGCUAUCAAGUAUUCCAUGGAUUUGUAUGCUUCUUACAUUGUGGAAAGCUUGCGGCAGUAACUAGCAGCGGAUUGGGGUUUUUGAACCUUCAGGGGGCACCUCCUUGGCCAACAGUUCUGUUUUAAGUCUCCCUGGAGAGGACUCGGGUAAUCAUUUGACGCGGGAAACAAAAGACUUUUUGUUCCUCAGUAUUCUAUGAUGCCCUCACUUGCGCUCCUGAACUUUUAUUUUUAAGAGACGACGAUAGCAGAGAUAAUGUAUUAUUAAGUGACCUUAAGAAUAAGGUCAUGCUACAAGCACAUCACGCAUGAUGCCAAAGUUUACACUGAUUAGUGUCUCAUUGAGUCAUUGGUAAUGGUUGUAUCACAAACAAAAAUGUGUGAUUAUCUCUAAGAGGGGAAGGGGCACUCGUGGGUACUAUCCAUGCACCGGCCAAUCCUGCAAUGCCAUCUCUCUUUUU